UUUUUCCUUCUUACCGGCAGGUCCAUUCUUUUUGUUGGACCCCACAACGCCCUGGUCGGCAUUUCGUUCCAAUUACACACGAAUUUUAUUAUGUUGUCUCCCGUUCUGGUUUCUCUCAUCCCUCUGCUUGCCGCUACGAAUGUUCUCGCGAAGAACGACUGGAGUGUGCCUUGUAUUACCGGCUCGUGUUCUUAUGAUCUUGACCCGAACGGCUCUUCUUCUGGUUCACUCAAGAUUUGGGGAGGCGUAAAUGCCAUCACGGACGUUACUCAAGCCGCCGACUGGGAGAUUCUCGACUGUGAUUCCAACUCGGCUGCGCAAGAUAUUCGCCUCGUAUGCAAGAACGACCCCAACGAAACCGACUCGAAAUGUGGGCACUUGUACCAAAACAUCGGUGCCGUGAACAAGAUCGUCCGUCUCCCUGAAAGCUGCGGGCCUAUGGCAUUUGCCCGGAUUGCCAACGCAUGGGUUCCGGACGACCAAUCUAUUCCUGAAUCAAUACAAAAACGCAUUAUCCGCCGUAGCAACACCCCGCCGGUUGUGAAGGCACUUCGUAUCGACACCAACUUCGAUGCUGUUGAUUGGAACAAAAUCGGUGCAGUCAAUCUUGCCAUUCAGGGAGUGAAUGUUCCGGGAAUGGAUAUGUCAAACUUCAAUACCGGCUCGCAAGCGCGGAGGUUCAAUUCACGAAGGUCGGUCAAGUCUGGGCAAGUUGAGUUUACGGAGGCAGUCGCACGAGGAUUUUUCAACGACCCGCUUGGCACAAUCAAGAACGGCGUAAACAAUGCAGCUAAUGAUGUCAAGAGCGUUGCGAAAGCCGGUGAAGCUAAAGCCACCAGUGCAGCAACCUCUGCUGCUACCAAAGCUGCUGCCAAGGCGGAAGAUGCGGGCAAAAAGGCUGGAACGGUUGCGAAAGAUGCAGCAACUAAAGCCAAAGACGCUGCAACAAAGGCUGCAACUAAAGCUAAAGAUGCCGCGACAAAGGCUGCAACAAAGGCCAAAGAUGCCGCGACCAAAGCUGCAACACAAGCUAAAGGUGUCGCAACAAAGGCUGCGUCCAAGGCCAAAGAUGUCGCGACAAAUGCUGCUUCCAAAGCUAAAGGUGCUGCGACCAAAGUCGAAUCUGCUGCCAAAUCUGUUGCGACAACACCCUUUUCUGCGAGCAAGUCAAUCGAUGCCCCUCCACUCAAAUUCGACAAAAACGUCAAUUUGGUCAACUCCGCGAUCCAAUGCUUCGGCAAAUCGCUUUCGCUCAAUGUCAACAUGGACGCUAAUGCCGAUGUGAAGACUGUUCUGACCGUCACCGCUAGUGGCACCCUCACGAAGAUUGCGUCGUUCAAUGUCGUCGCUGUCAUGAACGGAAAACUUGGGGGAACGAUUGAUAUGACGGCGGACAUCAGUGGCACCAUAGACUCUGGUCUCAUUCCUGUCUUUGAGAUUGGCAUCCCCGGGCUCGUUUUCCCCAAGAUUCUCGAGAUCGGUCCCACCUUCAAAGUCAAUGCAGAGGUCAGCGGAACUAUGGAUGUCACCAUGGACAUGAACGUCGGUGUUGCCCUCGACCUGAACAACACAAGGAUCGUGUUCCCGCCAAACAAGAAGGCUGCCCCACAAAGUAAUAUGUUCUCUCUCGGCGAUGCUCCUUUGACUCUCAAUGCUGCUCCGGACGUUCAAGCAACCGGCACCUUGACUGCACUGCUUAGUCCUCAACUUGACCUAGGCAUCUCCGCAUUCGGGGGUAAAGCAGAGGCGCAAGUUUUCCUUGCUGUCGACACUACCGCCGACUUGACGAUGGCUCUUGACGGCUCAACAGCUGUACAGAAGGACAAGAAUGGGGGCGCAGCUACCGAAACAACUGAUGGAACUGAGGAAGCCGAUGAGGAGACAGCUGACGCAGAGGAAGAUGAGACUACUGAGGCUGAUGAGGCGGUUGACGAGACAGACGAAACUGCUGAGGACCCGGAUGCCGAAGCUCCAGCGGCGGAGGCGAGAAGCCUCGCCGGUCGCGCAUCGACGACCACCGUUACUCCCCCCUCGAUUGGUGGUUGUGUGAAUGUUACAGCGAACGUCAAUGUCAAUGUUGGCGCUGAUGGUUCUUUCUUCGGGCUCUUCAACCAACUCGCCAGUGUUCCCUUGUUCAACAAGGACUUCAAGAUUUUCGAUAAAUGCUUUGGCGACCAAGCAACGGCGACUGCCCCGGCUGAUGCUACCGCUGCUCGACGCGAUAUUACUUCUCCCUUCGAUAAGCGUACGUCGCUUGAGCGGCGCGUUAACCUGAGCUGUCCCAUUGGCUCGCUUGGCAAAUCAAGCAUCACUAAGGGUACCAUCCAGAGUAAACUCAUCUCCUCCGUAUCCAAGCUGCUCAUAUAA